GUAACUUUGUUGGGGUCCGCCCGUAUUGGUGUGACCCAAAAGUUGCUAUGGGUAAAUAACAUCGAAAAUAUUUUGUGAAAAAUAACUAAUUUAAUUUUUGGGUGUAAAUUUUAUUCGCCACUGUUGGAACAUGUUUGGAUCUCCAGUGGAUUUUUCAUUUAGGGAGUUCAGCUCAGUUUCAGACAUGCUCUCGGAUGAGCCUAAUCCAAGCACUCGUCCACUAAAACGUGACUCCGAGCAGAAGAUCCUCAGCGUGACGCUCAGACUCAACAACAACUUCCUCUCAGACUUGACAGGACUGAUGGAGACACUUUCCACUCUUUACGCUGAGCCGACGCGUCUGGCCUGGCUCGACCUUUCCUUCAACCAGUUUCAACACAUACACCCAGUUCUCACUCAACUUAAAGAGCUCCGCUUGUUGUAUCUGCAUGGAAACCGUAUUUGUAAGUUAUCAGAAGUGGAUAAACUUGCUGCGUUGCCGUUUCUCCAUACCAUCACUCUGCAUGGGAAUCCCGUAGUGAGCGAGCGUGACUACAGGCCGCAUUUGAUCGCAACCCUUCCUCAUGUGAAGAUGAUUGAUUUCAGCGCUGUGACCAAACAGGAACGAGAGUUGACUUCAGUUUGGCAAAGGAGCAGAAACCCGCGCAAAUCCAUCGGUCACAGCAAAGUGGACUGAACCUUCUCCACCUGACAUCCCGAUGCGUCUAAUAAACAUGAAUGUGGAGUUACAGCUACGGCUUGAUCUGCCACAGUGAGGUUGACUUUAAAUGCUGAACUAGCCUAAAUCAAAACCGUGAAACGGCAGUAGAGCUGGAGUUACAGAGUGUUUCUUCAUUAGCUGUUGAUGAAUAAGUGGUGAAACAUCUUAAGCAACAGAAAAACGUCCAUUUGACUAGAAAAUCUGUAUAGACAUGGUGCAAAGUUUCUUUGAGAAUUGCAAUAGGCAAUUCAACAAUGGAUGAAAGUUUUCUCAUGCCUGCUACACAUUUAAAAAAGGACACUUUAUAAUUUUGAAAGUCUUUAAUGCAUAAUUUCAUUCAACAAAAAACAGUUUUAACAGA